GCAACGCCUCCCUAUAUCUCCUAUUUCCCUGCUUCAUCUUUCGUCUCCUCUCCUCCCCUCCUACCUCAAUUCCCCGCUCCUCAUCCGUCCCUCCAUCGUCCGCUACUCGCUUCAUAGCUCCCUAUACUCUCACACAGCAAGCAACGGUCUUUACUCGCCUCACCUUCAACAUCAAAGCAAAUCUUCACGAGCGACAGGCGUCGCCAUGUUACCCACGUCCUCUCGUCCAAUACCCUUUUCAUCUCUCCUGAUAUCAUUCAUUCAUGUCUCCUCCAUCACCGCAGUGGCUUCGACCAUCGCGCCGGCAUCUCUUCCCCAAGUUGACUUCUCAAAAAUGGGGACAGUCGCGCUUGGCGGAUCCUUUUCUGGUCUCGAUUGGUGGUCUUCAGAAUCUCCCUUUGCUUCAUCUGCUACUGGCAAUCCUACCUUCUCGUCAGACGGAGACACAUUAUUUCAUCGCCCAACUGACGGCCAAUUCCGCGCAUUGGCGACCACCAAUUCUGGCGGAGUCAUCAACGCGCUUUGUUGGUCUAAAGAUGGGUCCGCCAAUAAUGGAACUUUAUAUGUCGGCGGAGUGUUUGAGUCUCUUUCUGGCGUUUCUGCGAGCAAUAUCGCGUCAUUAACCCUCGCAGAUAAUUCUGUUACCGCGUUAAGCGGUGGCUUAUCGGGUGAGGUUAACACGCUGUAUUGUGACGACGACAGUUCCCAGAUUUGGGUUGGAGGGCUUUUCGAGGCGCCCAUCGGUUCGGGAGGGAACGUGGCCCUUUGGUCCACUUCAUCAAGCACUUGGGUGACCCCUGAGUUUGGCGGGUUUAAUGGGCGAGUCCAGAGCAUAGUCCCAUCCAUCGAUAAUUCAAGUAUUUACUUUGGAGGAGAUUUUACCACAAGAUUCGUUCAAAACUCGUCAAUCCUCUUCAAUUCGACAUCAAAUACCAACAAUACCUUUGGAAAUGUCACCUCUACUCCGUCUGUUUCAGAAAAUGUGACAACUGUUGGCGACUCGGGCUACCUAACGCCCUUGACCGUCUCUGCAUCAGCCUCGUCUUCUGCGGCCUAUUCCAUACAAGCAGGCCCAAGCUCAACACAAAGCGAGUACUCCGAUACGAAUGUACUACUUUGCCCGGGUAGCGGUGUUUGGUUAGCGCAAGAGGAUACAGUUUCCAAUGUAAACUUGGUCGGGCAGGGCUAUCUUUCAGCGACUGGUAUCAGGGUUGUCAACGGCUUGGUACAGGGGAGAGGGACUACAUAUUUCUGCCUCACUAUCCUACCCACCUAUACGGAGCUCAAUAUGACGUAUACCGACCCUGUUACCGGCGAACUUGGAACCUGCACAAGUCACUGUCCUCUUUACACCAACUCCUCUAUAUCUGCACAAGAUUUCAUUUUCACCGCCGGAACCCAGAACCUUACAGGAUUUGAGAUGCAGCUCAAAGAGUGGAUAGGGGACGGAGCAGCUUUAAGCAGUGUGGCCUUACUGUCUGAUGGGGCCUACCUCUCUGCAGUAUCCGACGGUGGAUCCUCUUGCACCAACGGGGCCAAGAAUGGUUCUGUUCAAACUGUCGGUAGCUGGGAUGCUACAACAGUCGCCACCAACUCGGCCACAGAAUCCUAUCUUUCCUCAUCUGUAUCUCUCGGUGACUCUCAACGUCCUCAAGUUACAUUCUACCCAUAUGUUUCCUCUGCUGGAAACUAUGAUAUUUACGUCUUCAUUCCCGGAUGCCUCAACGCUGGUGACUGUGACUCUCGGACCAGCGUUGAUGUUGAAGUUUUCCCAUUUUCUGGUGGGCUUGGCUGGACCAGCACCAUUUCGGAGCAAGUGGAUUAUGAUACCAAAACCCUGAUCUAUUCGGGACCAGUCGGGGCCACGACUGACAGUUUUACGCCGACUAUCAGUCUGGCUCUUUCUUCUGACCCAUACAAACCUGCUCGAGGGCAUAUGUACACUGUAGUGGCUGAUCGAGUCCAAUUGACGUUUAUCGGCACUGAUGGCUCUGUCAGCUCGACCCCUCUUCUCAACAACGGCACGGCGCCGGAUGACUACACAGGGUCCAACGCUACGACUGUCGGUAAUUCCUCUUGGACGACCAACUCGUCUUAUAAUGUAGCCUUUGGCCUCUUCGAAUGGCCUCGAUCUUCGAAACUGAAUACCAAUGCUGCAAGCAAUGCCCUCAGCAACGUUACUGAGACUGCCCUCACUCGCCUCGGUUUUGCUCUUGAUGCAGCUCUCAAUGCUUCUGGGUCUUCUGCCUCAUCAUGGGCUGUCAACACCAUCGUCUCCAUGGACAGUACUGUCUUUAUCGGCGGUGAUUUCUCCUCAACCAACAAUUAUACAAAUGUCCUAUCUAUUGACGCCUCAUCAGGCGAAACUUCCGCUUUGGCUUCGCAGGGCCUAGGAGGGAUUGUCAACACAGCCGCAGUCGUUGAUGGAUAUGUGUUUUUCGGCGGAGACUUCACGUCCACAGCUUCAUCAGGUGGCGUCGCUCUGAACUAUCUGGCUAGAUACGACCCCGCGACUAAAGCCUGGGCAGCCGUUGGUGGUGGAGUAGAUGGCUACGUCACGGACCUGAUGGCCUCGCCGUCGUCGACCGAAUUGUUCGUGAUGGGCAACUUUUCUCAUGUUAUAAAUAGUGAUGGUUCGCUCAAUGAAACUGGGGGUUUCGGCGUUUGGGACAUAAGCUCUGAAAGAUGGACAAGUAGCGGCGUAGUCUUUGGCAACAUCUCAGCGGGAGAGAUGAUCUCUUCCUCUCCCUCUAUCGCUUACCUGGCUGGUAGAGUGAGCGGAUACGCUGAUAACUCGGCCGACGGUCUCGCCAUGUUAUCUACGGACCAAAACGGUUUGGCCAAGAUAUCGUCCCUUACUGGUGCCAGCUUCAGUACCACGGGGUCUUCAUCUAGUCUGACCACCUCCCGUCGUCGAUCACUAGAGAUCAAAUCGUCAUACUCCAGCUCAUGGUUGUCUCGUUUCGCCGGCGGCCUUGUUGAACGGGCCCUACCUGGGUUGGCCGCCCGCGCAACAGCUCCUGUUAUUGUCACUCCUUCUUUUCCCGCUCCUGCUGUCCUGGCUGUCGAUUAUUGGACAAAUACAUCUACUUCAGAUAGCCCCUCGAUGAUGAUCCUCGGUGGUAACUUUACAUCUUCAAGUGCCAAUGUCCGAGGCAUGGCAUUCUAUUCUACUUCUCAACAGACUGUGGAUGGACCAGAGCCUCCAGUAUCCGGUGUAGUCAGAGCACUGGAGGUGAUCGAUGACCGCUUGUAUCUCGGUGGUGAAGGGGUCAAUGUGGAAGGUAUUGGGAGCGGCCUGUUGGUGUAUAAUCUUGUCAAUGGGACAUGGAUGGAAGGUGGUAUGGCUUCAUUGAAUACUGCAUCUGAUUCCAAUGUAACCAUCAACCAGAUUCGAACCCGCCCGACUACCAAUACACUUAUUGUGGCUGGUAGUUUCACGUCUGCAGGCUCCCUCUCUUGUGCGGCAAUCUGUCUAUGGGACUCCACUAAUGCUCAGUGGUCGACACUAGGCGCAGGACUAUUGUCUGGAGAAGUCAGAAGUAUCGAUUUCGCGGGGAACAAUUACGACACUCUCGUCGCCGCUGGCUCCUUUGUCCUUUCGGAUGGCACUGUUGCUUCUGUUGCGUCCUACGAUUUUGACAGCUCUUCUUGGACUGCCCUUGGUUCCCUUUCCGGCCCUACUCUCGCUGUUGCUGUCGACGAGAAGAAUGUGACCAACAUUUUCGCUGCGGGCUAUUCUGCAUCCGACGGCUCUCCAUAUCUAGAGCAAUGGAACGGUAACACUUGGACAGCACAGAAUGAGACGCUCCAGUCUGGCAGUCUUGUUUAUCAGCUUGCUUUUGUCCCCAUGUCGUCUGAACACACGGCAGUGGGUAGUAUCGAAAAGGACAGAAUGUUGAUGGUAUCUGGGAAUCUGUAUCUUGAUCAGAUGGGCAAUGCCACAAGUGCUCUCUACGACGGCGUGAACUGGUAUCCCUACCUGGUGGGGACAUCCGCUGCUGGAGGUAUUGGCGCCGGCGCUAGUCUAUUCUGGUCGGAUUCCGACUUUUCUUUCAAAGUUAAACAUUAUCUAGCCAGAGGCCUGGUGGUGCUAGUGGCUAUCGCGAUCGCCACCGGGAUUGUUCUCUUAUUCAUCCUCCUUGCCCUUCUCGUAGCCUAUUUCAACCGCCGACGGGACACACAAGCUGCUCAAGACAGACAAGAGAUUUACGGCAAAGAAGGGAGCGAUGUUUCCUCAACACAUCAGAACGUCUUUGCAAAUGUGCAGGCGGCUCUGGAAGCAUCCCUCGCUGGAGGGGCCGGGACCAUGAUGGGACUUGGGACGUCUCGGAACUCUGCCCCCUCUCAGGCUAGGCUUUCGAACCCAAGUUCAUACGCUUCUGGUGCCUAUCCUAUGGCCUCAGAUGACGAAUAUGACGAAGAAGAGGAAGAGGGAGAUGAAAGAGAGACGACGAUGCGAUAUGACUUUGAAGGACCGGAAUUACAAGAAGGGGAGAUGAGCAUGAAGGCUGGCCAACCGCUAAUCAUCUUGGAUGACCAGCAGAGCCAUGAAUGGUGGUAUGCUAGAGACCCUGCUACUGGUAGGGAGGGUAUGGUGCCAGCGUCUUAUGUUUGGUAAAAUAAUGCGGACGAAAGUCUUCUAGCUGGCAAUUAACGAUCUUUAACGACCUUUGUGUAAAGUUUUCGAAGGGCAUUAGAUGAAGCUUAUAAUGUAUAUAAUGGAGAUCAGUAUUGAGCGACAAAUGCUUCUUUCCAGGUCUUGCGGAUCACAAAGAUUCCACGAUGAAGAUUGACAGCGCUUGGUAUAUUUUAAGACGUUUAUCAUUAAGAGUGUCAUGUAACAUCACUUAGCAUGUCUAGGUCAAGAAAGACUUGGCAAAAUGGGACAUAUCAGAGUGUAUAGAGGUAGACAAGGUGCUCGCGUACCUGUUCAGUAAUCGGAUGACGAUGAGUAGUAGUGAUUCGUGUCGAGUAUCGGAGAUCAAAACAAUUGCAUUUCUGUAUAUAAAAAAAA